GCUGCCGGGCGCCGGGCCGGGGCUCGGCGGCCACGUCCCCGCACCGGGCCGGGCCGCGUCCGUGCCGUUCCGUGCGGCGGGCGAUGCGUUCGGCGGGCGGGCUGAGCGGCGGGCGGGCGGCCUGACCUCCCGCCAUGCGGCUGUCGUGCAAGGUGGCGGCGGCGCUGCUGUGCCUCGGCAGCCUGCUGCUGCUCUAUCUGCUGGCGGGCAGCGCCGCCGCGCCCCCCCGCCCGCCGCCCGCGCCCUCCGCGCCCGCCCGCCCCGCCGUGCCGCCCGCCCGCCGGCAGCCGCGGCUCAGCCGGAGCCCGCCGCGGAGGAACCCCGCCGGGGGCAGGCUCGUCAGCGCCAGGAAGCCUGGAGAACAGAAACAUUCAAAAGAGCCUUCAUCUUUGCAAUGCAUGCAUCUGGCAGUUGUGGCAUGUGGGGACCGGCUGGAAGAGACGCUGAUCAUGCUGAAAUCAGCACUUCUCUUCAGCAACAGGAGGCUCUGUUUUCACAUUUUUGCUGAGGAUUCUCUUAAGCCAGAAUUUGAGAAGAAGCUAAAGGAAUGGCCUUCCUCAUAUACAAAGAAGUUUGAAUACAACAUUUACCCAAUAACCUUCUCAGUAGGAAAUGCUCAGGAAUGGAAAAAGUUAUUCAAACCAUGUGCUGCCCAGCGCCUUUUUCUUCCGGUCAUUUUGAAGGAUGUGGAUUCUCUCCUUUAUGUGGACACUGAUGUCCUCUUCCUGAGGCCCAUCGAUGACAUCUGGCACAUCCUGACAGAGUUCAACUCCACACAGCUAGCUGCUAUGGCCCCAGAGCAUGAGAUACCAAAGAUUGGCUGGUACAGUCGCUUCGCGCGUCACCCUUAUUAUGGGACAACUGGAGUCAAUUCCGGAGUGAUGCUAAUGAAUUUAACACGGAUACGCAACACUCAGUUCAAGAACAGCAUGAUACCGAGUGGUUUGACUUGGGAGGAAAUGUUAUAUCCAUUAUACCAAAAGUACAAAAACUACAUUACAUGGGGAGACCAGGAUUUACUAAAUAUCAUUUUUUACUUUAACCCAGAGUGUCUCUAUGUGUUUCCCUGUCAGUGGAAUUACCGGCCUGAUCACUGUAUGUAUGGGAGCAACUGCAAAGGCGCAGAAGAAGAAGGUGUCUCUAUUCUACAUGGAAAUAGAGGUGUCUACCAUGAUGACAAACAGCCUACGUUCAAGGCGCUCUAUGAAGUGAUACGUGAUUUUCCAUUUGAAGACAAUCUCUUCCAGUCUCUGUACUACCCUCUGCAGUCCAAGUUUCUGGAUACAGUGCACACUUUAUGUGGGAGAAUUCCACAAGUAUUUUUGAAGCAAAUUGAGAAAACUAUGAAGAAGGUGUAUGAAAAUCGUGUCAUUGUCUACUUGGGGGCCAACCACAGAUACUAAAUGUAGCUCUAUUUUUACGCGGAGUUUUUAAGGCUUGCACCCCAUCUCAUGAAGCAUAAAAAUGAAGAGUAUGGACUCCUUUUCCGAAACUCAGA